GCCGAGACCGUGCGCUUCGCCGUCGGAUAGUGAGGUAAAUGACAGCUGCAUGGAGACCGGCAGGGCCUCGGACAUGGGGCACAGCGACGCGGCAAGGCCUAGCGGAGCGGUGGUCGGGUGGCACGUUGGCCGCCGCCGCGGCCGUGGAGGAGGCGGCGAGGCCUGGCGAGCGCGGGCAACUGGCUCAGCAAUGGCUUCAGUGACUUCGAAUGUCGAUUCUAAAGCGGAGCUCACUUCAUUACUGGAACAGUGGGAGCGAGAGAAUAACAAUGGGCAGAAUAUCAUUCCCGUGUUGACUAAGAUUUCGGAUCUCAUUGAGAAGGAAACUGAGGAAUACCAUAAGGCUGAUCCUGAUCCUUUUGAUGACAGGCACCCAGGUCGAGCGGAUCCAGAAUGUAGGCUGGGACAUCUGUUAAAAAUACUCUUUAAAAAUGAUGACUUUAUGAAUUCGCUGGUGAAUACUUAUGUGAUGACCAGUAGAGACCCUGUAGUCAACACCUCCGCAUGCAGACUCCUGUUGGACAUCAUGCCUGGUUUGGAAACGGCUGUCGUCUUUCAAGAGAAGGAGGGGAUUGUAGAAAACUUAUUCAAGUGGGCAAAAGAGUCCGAUCAGCCAUUGAGAACCUAUGCGACAGGUCUUCUUGCUGGAGCCAUGGAAAACCAAGACAUCGCAGCUAACUACCGGGAGGAAAAUUCACAGAUGGUCCCAGUGAUGCUGCAGCGUCUACGAGACUUGCAAAUGCAAGAACUGGAAAACAACCAGAAAAUAAAAUGGCAGAGCCCACGAAGGCCCCACUUUACAGCUUUGCUUCCAAUGGACGAGGAAGCAGUUGACAUGGACUAUGGUGAUACCUUGAAAGCCGAAGAUGUGGGGGACUGUGCCAACAAUCUUUCCUUCCAGUUAAAUUCGUCACACAAAACUAGCAGCAGGAUUAAUUCUUCCAUCAAGACUGCGGAGAAUGUGGAAGGAAUGAAGGGGAAGGAUGAGCGAAGGACUGAGAGAGAGGAUGCAAAUAAAACAGUCAAACAAAGACUAAGUUUUACAAACUUGGACUCUGAACGGAUAUGUAAUGAACAGUCAAAUAGCUGGUCAGAAAUGUCCCCUUGGGUAAUUGGCACUAAUUAUAGCCUUUUCCCUUUGACAUCUGCCAUUGAGCAAAGAUUAAUUUUGCAGUAUUUAACACCACUGGGGGAAUAUCAGGAGUUGUUGGCUGUGUUUAUGCAGCUUGGUGCUCGAGAGCUCCUCAUGUACUAUGUCGACCUGAAGCAAACAAAUGAUGUUCAACUCACAUUUGAGGCACUUAAGUAUCUGGCCUCUUUGUUGUUACACAAGAAGUUUGCCGCAGAAUUUGUGGCUCAUGAAGGAGUUCAAAAGUUGCUGGAGAUCCCCAGGCCCUCCAUGGCUGCCACUGGUGUUUCCCUGUGUUUAUACUAUUUGGCCUACAAUCAGGAUGCGAUGGAACGGGUGUGCUUGCUCCCCCACUCCGUGUUGUCUGAUGUUGUCAGCUACACCCUUUGGCUACUGGAGUGCUCCCACGAGUCGGGCCGCUGCCAUGCCACCAUGUUCUUCUCCAUCUCGUUCGCUUUCCGCUCCAUCCUGGAGCUUUUUGACAAACAGGAUGGUCUUCGGCGGGUGGUUAAUUUGAUCAGCACGUUAGAAAUCUUAAACUUGGAAGAUCAGGGUGCUUUGCUUAGUGAUGAUGAGAUCUUUGCCAGCCGCCAAACUGCCAAGCACACGUGUAUGGCACUACGGAGAUAUUUCGAGUCACACCUGGGAAUUAAACUGGAGCACGUGAAAAGAUCCUUACAACGAACAGAAGGAGGUGCUAUUGUUCACCCACACCCACCAUGCAAGACACUGGGUUCCUUUCGAAAAUGGGCAUGCUGGGAACAGUUAAUGUGUCCUGUAUCCAGAAAUCAGGCCUGCUCCUACACCCAUGAACAGGUCAUGGAGAUGAUGGAGUUUCUGAUUGAAUAUGGUCCAGCAAGACUCUUCUGGGAGCCAGCUGAGGUCUUUCAUAAGCUCUCCUGCGUACAGCUUCUUUUACAACUCAUAUCCAUCGCUUGUGAGUGGAGAACUUACUAUGGCAGGAGUGACACUGUUCGUUCUGCUCUAGAUGUACUUGCUGUCCUCACUGUGGUUUCUAAAACUCAGCUUCUGCUAGCAGAGCCUGUAGGUGUGAUGGAUGAAGGAUCCACUCCUGUGACUGCUGUGGGCAUGAACAUUAUCCUGGGAGUUGCCGAGGGUGACAUCUUUUCGAAUGACGCUGAGACUCAGAAGUCUGCGCUUCAGGUCAUCAUCAACUGUGUCUGCGGGCCUGAUAAACGCAUAUCCAGCAUUGGCAAGUUUAACUCGGGGACCCCUCGGCGCAAGGGCCUCCAGAAUGCCAAGAGCUCGGAGAGCGUGCUGACCAAGAUGUGGAACAUGGUACAGGCCAACAACGGCAUCAAGGUGUUGCUGUCCCUACUGACCGUGAAGGCUCCCAUCACGGACGCAGAUCAGAUCCGCAGCCUGGCCUGCAAAGCCCUGGUUGGCUUGUCGCGCAGCAACUCUGUGCGGCAGAUCAUCAGCAAGCUGCCUCUGUUCAGCAGCGGCCAGAUCCAGCAACUGAUGCGGGAACCCGUGCUUCAGGACAAGCGGCACGAGCACGUCAAGUUUUGCAAGUAUGCCUCCGAGCUGAUCGAGCGUAUCUCGGGGAAGCCACUGUCCAUCGGCUCGGAUGUUUCACUGGCCAGGCUUCAGAAGGCAGAUGUGGUGGCGCAGACUCGGAUCACCUUCUCCGAGAAGGAGCUGCUGCUGCUCAUCCGCAACCACCUUGUCUCCCAUGGGUUGCAUGACACCGCUUCAGCACUUACCAAGGAGGCCGACCUUCCCAGGACACCAGCCAUUGCAGCUGUGCCGUCUCAUUCUUCGGCUUUCACACCUGUCGCUGCUGGUAGCUCGUUAGUCACCUUGCCUCGGACUCCAAGGCUGGCCAACGGUAUUGCCUCUCGAGCCAUCAACCUGAAUACGUUUGCUACACCUUGCCAAUCAAAGGCUGCAGUUUCUCAAGGGAACCCCUCGGUUCCGGGACUUCCUACUUCUUGCCCCAAUGGCUCACCGGUGAUUGGCAAGAUAAGCUUCUGCAAGGAGAAGCCAUCGCCCUGCAACAGCACAAACCUGAAGAAGCAGAGACUAAUUCGUCAGAAAUCAGACUACGGGGCAUACAACCAGACACCAGCUAUCAAAAAGCAGCUGGACCGCCAUUUGCCAUCCCCACCAUCCUUAGACAGCAUCAUAACUGAAUACCUGCGGGAGCAACAUGCCCGCUGCAAAAAUCCUGUGGUUACCUGCCCUCCUUUUUCCCUCUUCACCCCUCACCAGUGCCCAGAGCCAAAACAGAGACGGCAGGCUCCAUUGAACUUCACCUCCCGUGUGACGCACAGAGCUGCCUUUCCAAAGUAUGGUGGAGUGGAUGGGGCUUGCUUUGACCGACAUCUUAUCUUCAGCAGGUUUCGACCCAUUUCUGUGUUCAGGGAAUCUGAUGAUGAUGGAAGUGGUUUUACGUGCUGUGCAUUUUCUGCCCGAGAGCGCUUCCUGAUGCUGGGGACGUGUACUGGAGAACUCAAACUCUAUAACUUAUUCAGCGGCCAAGAGGAAGCCACGUACGCCUGCCAUAACUCUGCCAUUACACAUUUAGAACCUUCCAAGGAUGGAUCCUUGUUAUUGACUUCAGCAAGUUGGGGCCAGCCUCUCUCUGCUCUCUGGGGAAUGAAGUCUGUGUUCGAUAUGAAGCACUCUUUCACAGAUGAUCAUUAUGUAGAGUUCAGUAAACUCUCCCAGGACAGAGUCAUUGGGACAAAGGAAGAAGUGGCUCAUAUCUACGAUAUUCAGACUGGGCAGAACAUUCUCACUCUCUACAAUCCAGACUUGGCCAACAACUACAAGCGGAACUGUGCGACCUUCAAUCCCACUGAUGACUUGGUGUUAAACGAUGGAGUGCUGUGGGAUGUGCGUUCAAUGCAGGCGAUUCACAAGUUUGAUAAGUUCAACAUGAACAUUAGUGGAGUGUUCCAUCCGAAUGGGCUUGAAGUCAUCAUCAACACGGAGAUUUGGGACCUACGAACGUUCCAUCUUCUGCAUAUGGUACCUGCAUUAGAUCAAUGUCGUAUUGUCUUCAACAACACUGGCACCGUCAUCUAUGGAGCUAUGCUGCAGGCAGAUGACGAAGAUGAUUUGUUAGAAGUGCGAAUGAAAAGUCCCUUUGGAUCAUCUUUCAGGACCUUUGAUGCUACUGAUUACAAACCAAUAGCGACUCUUGAUGUGAAAAGGAAUAUAUUCGAUCUGUGUACUGACACAAAGGACUGCUAUCUUGCUGUGAUUGAGAAUCAAGGCAGCAGCAUGGAUGCCUUGUCAAUGGACACUAUCUGCAGGCUGUAUGAGGUGGGCCGACAGCGGCUGGCUGAAGAAGAAGAUGAAGAGGAGGAUCAGGAGGAAGAGGAAGAGGAGGAUGAUGAUGACGACGAUUCCGAAGAUGACCUGGAUGACUUGGAUACCGAUCCACUGCUGGAAGGUGACGAUGAAAAUAACGGGAGUGAGGCAAAUGCGGCUGAGGACGGUGAACAGGACUUCACUCUGUCCGACGAGGAGGAACUGGAGGCCCUGCUGGGCAAUGGUGAGGAGGAUGCAGAGGAGGAAGAGGAUGAAGACGAUGAGUGGGAGGAUGAAGAUACAGACAUUCUUGGAGAUUCAGAUAGCACAGAUAACUCCGACCUGGAAGAUGACGUCAUCCUGUCUCUGAAUGAAUGAAUGUUCAAUGUGAAUUGUUGGACCCAGCAGGAAUCUAGGUCCAGAUGCAAAGCACGCCCCUCACUGGGGAAAACAGAGCAAAGCAAACGUAAUGAACGUUUUAUUUCAGGCUCCACCAGUUCAGUCUUGAAAUUUACACACACAGGGAGGGGAAAACUAAAACAGAACUAAUUAUCAAAGCAGUGGUAACUUUCCCGUCAAGUUGUGUGAAACUGCAGGGACCCUUCAGCUCCUGCAGGCUGUGGAGCCGUGGAAUAAUCUUGCCUCCGAGGUUGUGCUCAGUAUGGCCAUCACACCUUCAGGAGAUAGGCACAGUGCAUUUAAAACAGAACCGUUUUUUAAAAUGGAUUUUCUAGGAGACAUCUGUUUAUAUGCGUGUGUGUUUGUGUGCGUGUGUGUGUGUGUGUGUGUGUAAAUAUAUAUAUGUGUAUAUAUAUAUAUAUAUAGAAGACAAAGGAGCCAUAUAUUGAGAGUGGUCAUAAUGAAGAGAUGGGCUGUAAUUUUCUAUUUGUAAUGUCACUGAGUAAAGCUUUCAAACCAAGCUCAAUGCCCUGCUCACUGCAUCUUGCUAAUGCUCCUGUUUUAACAUUACUGCCUGUGUUUUAACAUUAGGGGCCCUCUCAAUCAGUGUUACAGAAAAUAGUUUGUAUUUUAGUUGCCAUGAUCUCUUGGGUGUAAUAAAUGUUGGUAAAUUGGUCAGGAUCCUGAGACACACAAGAUGAACAGAUGUGCCAAUAAAUGAUCAGUUUUAAUUGAACUUUCAUGUGACUAAUGUGAAUAACAAUUUUGGCCCAGUGUUUCCCUCGUAUCUGCCACAUUUCAUCCAGAUACAAUCUGCAUUGACAAUCAAGCUACACUGAGUAUCAGCAAUCUAUGUUCUUUUUAUUUUACCAUGAACCAGUUUUAUUGCCUCCCUUGAUGUAUCUAGCACCAAUCCAAUCACCUUUCCAGCAGACCAGGAGAGUGGGGAUAAAACAAGUCACCACGGUGCUUCACAACUGAAAAGAUUGAAUGGGUUUCAUGGAUUGAAUUGUUUCCUUGCUGGACAGUGAGCUUAUAACUAUCUGGUUGCGAUUCGGAGAGGUUAGUCUUGAUUUCUGAGUGUAUGAGCACAAUUCCCAUGGCAGUUGUAAAUGAAGUGUUAGCUGUACACAUUCCCAAAUGUUUUUGAAAAAUGUAUUCAAACUACAUGUGAUGCAAAGCAUGCAAGGUGUUCCCAUGCAGACAAGUAAAAAACAUUUACACA